AGCCGUGCCGGCUUCAGACCCCGCUGCAACGUAGCCUCAUGCCUGUCCGUGAUACUGCCGAUGCGGCGUAGCCCGCUGCAGGGGCGCCCACGCCGACCCCAUGGUUCUCGACGCCGUCGCCAGCGGCCUCUUCAGCGCCGGCAGGCACCUGGCCAGCUCCACCUCCUCGGAGAUAGACGGAGCCGGCCUAUCCGCGGACACCUUCUACGCGGUGCGGGCCAACACCGCCACCCAGAAGUUCGAGAAGAGGUUUAGCUCCAUCGGCUUCAAGGUGAAGCGCCAGAAGCUGCACCGCGAGGACAUCCGGGAUCUCACGGAGCUCACCACGGCGCGCAUGGAGAUCUACCAGCUCGUGGGGACGCUGCUGCUGGCGUUCUGCAUGGGGUGGUACACGGACAGCGGCGUGUGGGAUCUGCCGGUGUGGUUCACGGACCUGUGGCUCAUCAGCAACUUUGCGGCGGUGGGCUACCUCCUGAUCUGCGUGUGGCUCUCGAUGUAUGCGGCCGUGGCCGCCAGGUCCGCGGGCACUCGCCUGCUCACGAGCUACGCCCGCCUGUCCAUCCCCACGCAGGCCGAGCUCGACGGGAUCAAGAACCCGAUCUUCUUCGACGCCCGCGAAGUGGUGAAGAAGCUCGGCUUCAUGGGGCCAGGCCGCACCGGCGACGCCGCGGCCGCCGCGGCCCCGCCGCGGCAGGGCGGCACGCCGCAGCCCGGCGGCCCGCCGAGCGCGCUGGCGGA